GGUGAAAGGUCGAGCGUCAGCCGGCCCCGCCCCCUGGCGCGCGGGCGUGCCGGACCCGCAGAGCUCUAGGACUUUCGGAAGCUCUGGGUGUGGGUGCCACCCGAGAGGAGGAGCAGGGCUGGUGGGGCUGCUGCAGCCGUCACAGGAAAUAAGUAAUCAUGGUGCUCAACAGUUUGGAUAAGAUGAUUCAACUCCAGAAAAACACUGCCAACAUCAGGAAUAUUUGUGUUUUGGCUCACGUUGACCAUGGAAAAACUACUCUGGCUGACUGUCUUAUAUCUAGCAAUGGAAUCAUCUCCAGCCGCCUAGCAGGCAAGUUAAGGUACAUGGACAGCAGAGAAGACGAACAGAUCCGAGGGAUCACUAUGAAAUCCAGUGCCAUUUCACUACAUUAUGCAACAGGUAAUGAGGAGUACCUGAUUAAUCUGAUAGACUCUCCAGGACACGUGGACUUUUCCUCAGAAGUAUCAACUGCUGUUCGCAUUUGUGAUGGAUGCAUCAUUGUGGUAGAUGCUGUGGAAGGAGUCUGUCCACAGACACAGGCAGUUCUGCGACAAGCUUGGCUUGAAAACAUCCGUCCAGUUUUAGUGAUUAAUAAGAUAGAUCGCUUGAUAGUGGAACUGAAAUUCACCCCACAAGAGGCCUAUUCUCACCUCAAGAAUAUUUUAGAACAGAUUAAUGCACUCACAGGAACUCUUUUUACUUCUAAAGUCCUAGAAGAAAGAGCAGAGAGAGAGACUGAAUCCCAAGUGAAUCCAAAUUCUGAACAAGGAGAGCAAGUAUAUGACUGGAGCACUGGCUUGGAGGACACAGAUGAUUCUCACCUUUACUUCUCUCCAGAACAGGGAAAUGUGGUGUUUACCAGUGCAAUAGAUGGGUGGGGAUUUGGAAUUGAGCACUUCGCCAAAAUCUACAGUCAAAAAAUUGGCAUCAAAAAGGAAGUUCUUAUGAAAACCUUGUGGGGAGAUUACUAUAUAAAUAUGAAGGCUAAAAAGAUCAUGAAAGGUGAUCAGGCCAAAGGAAAGAAACCUUUAUUUGUACAGUUGAUCCUGGAAAAUAUAUGGAGUUUGUAUGAUGCUGUCUUGAAAAAGGACAAAGACAAAAUUGAUAAAAUAGUGACUUCUUUAGGAUUAAAAAUUGGAGCCCGGGAGGCACGACAUUCAGACCCUAAAGUUCAGAUCAACGCCAUUUGCAGUCAGUGGCUACCCAUAUCCCAUGCUGUUCUUGCUAUGGUGUGUCAGAAACUUCCUAGUCCCCUUGAUAUUACAGCCGAGAGAGUGGAGAGACUGAUGUGCACAGGAUCACAAACUUUUGACUCUCUUCCACCAGAAACUCAAGCACUGAAAGCAGCUUUUAUGAAAUGUGGAAGUGAGGACACUGCUCCAGUUAUUAUAUUUGUUUCCAAAAUGUUUGCAGUUGAUGCUAAGGCCUUGCCUCAGAAUAAGCCAAGGCCUCUCACUCAAGAAGAAAUUGCUCAGAGACGUGAGCGUGCAAGACAAAGGCAUGCAGAGAAGCUUGCAGCAGCGCAGGGACAGGCACCCUUGGAGCCCACCCAAGAUGGGAGUGCCCUUGAAACAUGUCCAAAAGGAGAGGAGCCAAGAGGUGUCGAGCAGCAGGUGGAAAGGAUGACCCCUAAACCUGUGCUCCAGGAAGAAAACAACCAAGAGUCUUUUAUUGCAUUUGCUCGGGUGUUCAGUGGUGUGGCUCGAAGAGGAAAGAAAAUUUUUGUCUUGGGGCCCAAAUACAGUCCUCUUGAGUUUUUACAAAGGGUACCAUUAGGCUUCUCAGCUCCACCAGAUGGCCUUCCCCAAGUCCCCCACAUGGCAUACUGUGCUCUGGAAAACCUGUAUCUUCUGAUGGGAAGAGAACUGGAAUAUCUAGAGGAGGUACCUCCAGGAAAUGUGCUAGGAAUAGGAGGCCUUCAAGAUUUUGUGCUGAAAUCUGCAACACUGUGUAGCCUGCCAUCCUGCCCCCCAUUUAUACCACUCAACUUCGAAGCCACUCCUAUUGUGAGAGUUGCUGUUGAACCGAAACAUCCAAGUGAAAUGCCUCAGCUCGUAAAAGGAAUGAAACUGUUAAACCAGGCUGAUCCCUGUGUCCAGAUUUUAAUUCAGGAAACGGGAGAGCACGUUUUAGUCACAGCAGGAGAAGUCCACCUUCAGCGAUGCCUGGAUGACUUAAAAGAAAGGUUUGCAAAGAUUCAUAUCAGUGUAUCUGAACCGAUUAUUCCAUUCAGAGAAACAAUCACAAAACCCCCAAAAGUUGACAUGGUCAAUGAAGAAAUAGGCAAACAGCAAAAAGUUGCAGUCAUACACCAAAUGAAAGAAGAUCAAAGCAAAAUCCCUGAAGGAAUCCAAGUUGACUCCGAUGGGCUAAUCACCAUAACAACUCCCAAUAAACUUGCAACGCUCAGUGUUCGAGCCAUGCCCCUUCCAGAAGAAGUCACCCAGAUUCUGGAAGAAAAUAGUGAUUUGAUUCGUUCUAUGGAGCAGUUGACAUCCUCUUUGAAUGAGGGUGAAAAUACUCAGAUGAUUCAUCAGAAGACCCAAGAGAAAAUUUGGGAAUUCAAAGGAAAACUAGAGCAACACCUAACAGGGAGAAGAUGGAGGAACAUUGUUGACCAAAUCUGGUCAUUUGGCCCAAGAAAAUGUGGGCCCAACAUACUAGUCAAUAAAAGUGAAGAUUUUCAGAACUCAGUAUGGACAGGUCCAGCUGACAAAGCUUCAAAAGAAGCCAGUAGAUACCGAGAUUUGGGCAAUAGCAUUGUGAGUGGCUUCCAACUAGCAACCCUCUCUGGCCCCAUGUGUGAGGAGCCCCUCAUGGGUGUCUGUUUUGUUCUGGAAAAAUGGGACCCAAGUAAAUUUGAGGAACAAGGAACAAGUGAUCUGGCAAAAGAGGGACAGGAGGAAAAUGAAACCUGUUCUGGUGGAAAUGAAAACCAAGAGCUCCAAGAUGGCUGCCCUGAGGCCUUUGAGAAGAGGACAUCCCAGAAAGGAGAAUCUCCACUCACUGACUGCUAUGGACCUUUCUCAGGACAGCUAAUUGCCACCAUGAAAGAAGCGUGUCGCUAUGCACUGCAAGUGAAACCUCAGCGCCUGAUGGCAGCUAUGUACACAUGUGACAUCAUGGCCACCGGUGAUGUUCUCGGUAAGGAAGAAAAGGUACCAAAUACCAAGAGGGAUGUAAAUAAAUCAUAGUAGUUCAAGUAGGAGAGUGGCCAUGAUGAAACAGGAAAUACAGGUCUAGUCACAGCACGAUUGGCCUGGAAAAAUGAACAUGAGAUAGCUGUCUUUGAGUAGCUUACACGGUAAUUUGUGGGAGAGGGAUUAAACUUGUCCCAUGUGAUAAAAACUAGGACUGAUGGUCAGAAACUUCAGGGGAACAUAUUUGGGACUCAAGAAUUGUCAGCUGUUACAGUUAUCCAAAGAUGGAAUGGGCUACCCUGGGAGAAAAUGAGUUUUAGAGUAUACAAGGAGAGCUUAAACAGCUACUUUGGUAGAACUUCUUGACCCUCAAGUUUCCUUCUACCCCACUGUUGUGUGAUUCUGUAACUAUGAGGUUUCUGGUAUGAAUGACAGGGGGAAAUAGUUGGAAUGGGGAGAGUGGAGUUGCCUUUUGAAGUAGAUAAUAUAUUCUUAGACAUGUUUAAUUUAAAAGGAAGUUGGCUUCCACAGCAGAGAUGGCCUGGCAUCCAUUGUAAAGUGGUAUUGGAGAUCCAAGGAGAGGCCUGGCUUAGAGAUGGCCUUAGGAGUCCCAAGCAUAAAAUUAGUUAGUUUAAACCACACAAAUUAUAAAUUAGUUGGCUCACUGAGUAGAGAGUUUGUUUAAAGAGUAUGAAGCCUCAAAGAAUACCCAUAAGAAGAAGUUCAGGAGAUACUGAAAUAAAGAGAAUGACGGUCAGAAGGCCAGGAGUGUAAGGAGAAUAAUACUAAGAUUGGAGACAGUUGGCAGAGGAGAUAUUAAUCAGUAGCUUCAAAUACCACAGAGAAAUCACAAAGAAUGAAAAUUGGAAGAAAAAAAAGCAUUUAGGUUAGGAAUAUGAAAAUUAUUGUGAAAUUUCAAGGAAGCAGUUUCCUGGAGCAACUAGGAGAGCUAGAGGUUAAAGAAAGAGCACAUAGUGAAGAAAUGAGAAGCCACCUGUUUAGGAGAUGUGAGGAAGCAAGGAAGGAGAGAAUGUAGUAGCUAGCUGGGAAAGUAGACAAGAGGAAAGGGGGUGCCUUUCAUUACGAAUGGAGUGUUAAUUUGUUUGUUUUUAAGCUAAACCUAAACAUGGUGAAGGCUCAUCAGAGAUUUUAGUUUAGGUUUUUUCCUUGAGGCCUUGUGACACAAUAGAUUUUCUGCCAUUUGUUUCCUGUUACCCUUCCUAAUAACCGCCACUAGGGGGAAAUCUGAAUCAGAGAGAAAAGUUUGGAAGUCAGACAUUUUGGCUUUGUGUCCUCAGUUUCUAGUUUAAAAAAUAAAUAAAUAAAGGUAAGUGGGUACCAGACACUCCAGACUCAUCACCUUGGCAGUUAGGAGAGAAGGGUCCAGGACUCAAUGGUGGUCAAAGGAUACUUCAGCUCUGCUUAGCAGCAAUGUUAUAAAUGUUUAAGGAUAAUAUAUGCAAUAGAUCACUUAUGUAACUAAAAUUAUUUUUUAGGCAGCAGGUGAAAGAGGAGGCUUUAAAGAGAGUAUCUGCUGGUUACAGCAAGUCCUUCAUGAUUGUCUGUGAUUUUCAAUGUAUCUCUAUUCUUUGCAGGGUCUGUUCUCCUUAUUAGUUGAAAGGAUACGUUGCAUACCCAGAGACACUCAUACAGAACACCAGAGGGGAAGAUGUUUCCCUCCUGAGUGUGAGGCAGAAUUGUGCCUAAAGACGAAUUAAAAGAGUCAUCCAAGAGAAUUUGCUAGUGGAAUUCUUGUGUUGUGGCACUAGAAAUUGUUACCAGACCUUAAAGAUUCCAAACCUAUCAGUUUUCAGGGGAAUAAAACACUUAAUACUCAUGCCACUUAAAUAUUACCAGUUUAAGAAAACUAUGAGCAAAUAUGUGUGUGGUUUUAAUUUUUGGUAAUAAAAAUGCCAGUUGCUUGCCUACUAAGCCCAAAUAGCCUAUGCCAUCUUAAUUAUUGCCAUGCCAAUAAGGUCUCAUAAUUAUUAAAAUAUUUUAAUAUUUACAAAGCCCAGUCACACUCAUCUCAUUGGAUUUCAGACCCAAAGAUAGCUCAUAGGUGAAACUGCAUUGAAAGGUCCUUUUACAAGUCUCCUUCCUCUCAUGCUGUUUUGUGGAGUUUGUCUAUGAGCAGUGCAGUUUGGGGUGAUUUAACUUUUUGUUAUUUUUUGUUUCUAAGUUUUCUAUAAAUCUCAUGCUUUUUAAAUAAACACUUAAAAAGUGUUCCUUGCUUUUGUAAACCAACAUUAUUGAGAACGAAUUUAAUCAUUUGUGGAUUGUUACAGAGUAUAUGGGUAAUCAUGUCUUGGUGUGGCUCAAGCCAUAUGACUGAUCCAUGAUUUUAAAAGAUUUAUGGUUUUACAGGUCGAGUCUAUGCUGUCUUGUCAAAGAGAGAAGGUCGGGUACUUCAAGAAGAAA